ACACGCGAUGCUUUUACCAGCCAUCUUCACGCGGCUUUACUUCGGAACAAAAUUGAGACCUACAUGGAUCGCAGACUGGAGAAAGGAGACGAAAUUGGACCUGCCCUUCUAGAAGCAAUCGAGAAAUCGAAAAUUGCACUGGUCAUUUUCUCAAAAGACUAUGCUUCUUCCACAUGGUGUUUGAGAGAACUUGUGCAUAUACUUGGAUGCAAGAAAAGAUAUGGACAAAUUGUUAUACCCAUUUUUUAUCGCAUAGAUCCAUCACAUGUACGAAAACAGCAAGGAACUUAUGCACUUGAAGAUCGUCCACUUAAGCGCAGUAGGGAUGAGGUAGCCAACUGGAGGGCUGCUCUGGAGGAAGCAGCCAAUAUGUCUGGGUUUCCUUAUUCAAGCAAAACAGGGAGGACAGAGGCCGAUUUUGUUGAGGAAGUUGUUCAAGAUGUUUUGACCAAAUUGAAUCGCGAAUCGUCAGGGGAUUUAAAGGAUCUAGUUGGAAUUGAAGAGAAAAUUGAGCAAAUUGAGUCGUUGUUAUGCUUGGAUUCGCCAGGUGUUUGCUGUGUAGGUAUUUGGGGCAUGGGUGGUAUUGGCAAGACCACCCUUGCUGAUGCUGUAUUUCACAGGCAGUCCUCUAGAUUUGAAGUUUGUUGUUUUCUUGCAAAUGUCAGGGAGAAAUCAGAAAAAACGGAUGGACUACAUCAGUUGCGAAAUAAACUUGUUGGUGAGAUAUUAAAGCAAAGAGAUGUAAAUAUCGACACUCCGUCUAUACCACCUCAUAUUCAAGAUAGGCUCAGGCGUACAAAGGCGCUCAUUGUUCUUGAUGAUGUGAAUGCUCGAGAACAACUAGAAGUUCUUGUUGGUGAUGAUGAUCGGUUUUGCCAAGGAAGUCGAAUCAUUAUAACUGCUAGAGAUAAAGGCCUAUUGGAGCAAAAAGUUGACCAUGAAAAGAUAUACAAUGUUGAGGGAUUAGGUUCUGAUGAGGCUCUUGGGCUCUUUCAUUCGCAAGCUUUUGGAAAUAAGUCUCCGACAACAGAUUACACUGAGUUGUCAAGAGAGGUGGUAGAUUAUAUUAAUGGCAUUCCAUUAGCUCUUAAAGUUAUGGGGUCCUCAUUCCGUCGUUGCAAGAGCAAACAAGAAUGGGAAGUUCAAUGGAAAAAAGUGAAACGAGUUCCAAUCGGAGAAAUCCAGAAAGUGUUGAGUGUGAGUUACGAUGGAUUAGAUGACAAUGAGAAGGAGAUAUUUCUUGAUAUAGCAUGUUUUUAUAAAGGCGAUUUGAGGAAAGAUGUAGAAAGAAUGUUAGAUUGUUGUGAUUUCUUUGGGGAAGCGGGAAUCAAUGAUCUUAUUGAUAGGUCUCUCAUAUCAAUUUCAAAAGAAAGAUGGUCAGAAGGACAAAUAGAGAUGCAUGAUUUGGUGCAAGAAAUGGGUAGGGCAAUUGCUCGAGAACAGCACAGUAGGUUGUUCAAUUAUGAGGAUGUCUGUCGAGUAUUGACAAAUAACGAGAGAGAUGGACAUGUUCAAGCCAUAUACCUAGACGCCUUUGAGAUUGAAAGGCUACACUUGGAACAUGUAAACUUCGAAAAGAUCUGGGACGCAUAUCCUUUGAAAUCUUUGCCAUCAAAAUUUUCUGCUCUAAAUCUUGUUGGCCUUGAUUUGUCGUCCGGCCAAGUUGUGGGGCAAUUUUGGAAUGAAGACCAGAGUCCUGUGAACUUAAAAUGGAUCAAUCUUGCUGAAUGUAGACAUCUAAUUGAAGUUCCAAAUCUCUCCCAGAGUCGAAAAAUUGAGCAUAUAGAUCUCCGUGGAUGUACAAGUUUGGUUGAAAUUCCUUCGUAUUUUCAACAUCUUGACAAGCUUACUCAUCUUGACCUUCAGCGGUGCAGCAAUAUCAAAAUUCUUCCCGAGAUGCCAUGCAAUCUUGAGGUUUUAAUAUUAUCUAUGUCAGGAAUAGAGGAAUUGCCUUCAUCAACUUGGUCUCACGAAAAAAUAUCUCACUUAGAUAUUACAUGGUGUAAAUUUAAAAGUCUUCCGAGCAACACUUGUAAGCUGAAACUCUCGGGUUGUUUUAGUCCAAGGGGCUGCGCAUCUCUUUGCAAGUUUAGUGAGCUUCCCGAGAAUACAACUACAAUUGAUAUGACCCAUUGCAAAAACCUUAAGAAUCUCCCAGCGAGCAUUUGGAAAUUGAAAUCUCUGGAGAGCAUUGAUCUCAGUAAUUGCUCCAAAUUUCAACACUUGUCAGAAAUCUCGAAGGCUAUGGAACAUCUGGAGUUUCUAAAUUUAUCACAUACAGCGGUUAAAGAGCUACACCCAUCAAUUGAAAAUCUAGUUGCGCUUCGAAAAUUAGAUCUCCGCGGCUGCAUGAACCUUGAGGUUGUCUCUGAUUACCUCUUUCGCUUAACCUCAUUACAAGAGUUAAAUAUGGGUUUGACCAAAAUUAAGAGCUUACCUGCAAGCAUCAAACAAGCUGCUCAGCUGUCUCACCUGUACCUAAGCAAUUGCUGGAGCCUUGAAUCUUUACCAGAGCUCCCACCAUUGCUGCAACAUCUUGAAGCAGAUGGUUGCACGUCACUGAAGACAGUGUCAAGUUCAAGCAUUGCAAUCACACAAGGUUGGGAAGAAUAUAUAUUUUCUCGAGGGCUUCAUGAGAAACAUAUAUUUUCUAAUUGCCCAGAGUUGGAUGACAAUGCACGAAGCAACAUAAUGGCUGAUGCACAGCUCAGAAUUAUGCGAAUGGCAAUUGCAUCGUCAAAGUUUAAAGAAGACAAAAUUGAAGAAGCAUAUGAUUCAGAUGAUUCCGAUUAUCCAACAAAUUAUGCAUAUCCAUUAGAUAAGGAAUUUUUGGGCGAGGGAUCUUUGGUUGCCAUUAGAUGUUGGGGCUAUGAAAUUCCAAAAUGGUUCAGCCAUCAAAGUGAGGGAUGUUCAAUAAAGAUUGAGUUUCCUCGUGAUUGGUUUAGCACAGAUUUCUUGGGUUUCGCUCUAUCUCUUGUUGUUGCUACUGCAAUGCAAGUGAAGAUUGGAUGCAAGUACAACUUCAAAACUAGUAAUGGUGAAAGCCAUGAAGUCAACCAUCUUUUGGAUUAUCCGAUCGUUUUUCUCUUCGCAGGCAGAGAUCAACAUGAGGUGUUUGUGUGGUGGUAUAAUAAUGUCUUUGAAGAAGUUGUAAAGGGAGCUGAAAGCCCCACUGCGUUUUACAAACUUGUUACUGAGGUCAAUGUUGACUUCACCGUACUGCAUGUUGGCUAUUCGAAGUUGGAGGUGAAAAAGUGUGGGAUAUGUCUGUUGUAUGGCAAAGAUGCCGAGAUGAUAAAGCAGAGGGCUUUGAAUGCCCAAGAUUUCUAA